AGCGUCGUGGUUGGCUUGUUUUUUAAAGAACUCAAACGGAUCUGUGCUUUGGUUUUUUGUUCUCGCACUUACACUUGACGUGAACGCUGCUUUUCUCGUCGCUCCUUUCUCUUCUUCACGCUGCGAGGUACGUCCUCGUUAUUCAUUAGUGGAAUUACUUUUCUUGAAAGCGGUGGAAUGUCCAACAAGUCAUCUCCGGUGGCCGAUCUCACGGUGCCGCUCCCACCUGUCAUCGACAUCCAACGCGAGCACUACCCCUUCUGCAUCGUCUGGGCACCCAUCCCCCUGCUAUCGUGGGUGUGCCCCUUCAUCGGCCACGUCGCCAUCUGCGACAGUCAGGGCCGCAUCUACGACUUCCAGGGCUCCUACCGCAUCGGGGUCGAUCAUAUGCUGUUUGGGGUGCCGGUGAAGUACUGGGAUUUGUCGAAGGACUACGUUCCCUCCUUCUACAAUCCAAGCCAGGGUGACACGGCUGUCAACGGGGCCGCCGUCAGGAGUGAAAUCGCGGCGUACGACGAGGGAGUUGCCAGCGCCAAGGCACACUUCUGCCAGAACGAGACCUACAACUUUUUCACGAACAACUGCCACGUUUUUGCGGCGGACUCGAUGAACCGGCAGCAGCUGAAGCAGCAGCACAUGGGUAUGGUGCGCGUUGCGAUUGGAAUGGCCCUACACGGCCGCUACGUUAGCGCGCGUCGAUUUUGGAAGGCGCACCUCCCGUUCUUUCUUCUGUUUCCUUGCAUGGUGAUGCUUAUCAUUCUUUUAUGA